AUGCCUUACACACCUCCCUCACAGCGGUCGCCGGCAACCUCCAAGACUAGCAGUCCCACACUAAGCCGGAAUCACUCCUAUGUCGAUCAGCCACCCCACUCGCCGGUGACGACCCGUCGCCCGUCACUGCCUCGCUCCGUCUCGUCAACCUCGUACCUCGCAAAGUCACGGCGGUCGUCGACAUCGGUCACAAUAGAGAACACUGUUGCAAACGGGCUGUCUCCCAACACCACCACUGACACCAAGUCCGAUGCCACCCAGCAUGGCCCAUCCACAAACGGUAGCCUACGCCCGUCUCCUCCUCCUGUAAACGAUCUUCUGAUUCCGCCAGGUGCGAUUACCACGCCUCCUGAUUCCUCGGAUGAUGAAGAACGUGGACGCCGCGUAGGGGACCUACGUGAACUGCAACAGGCCCUCCAAGGCAUCGACCAGAAGCGACAGUCAUCUCCUUCCACCGAGGUCACCGAGAGGGUCAACGACUCCAAGCCCCAACCACCCGUCACCCUGGCACGCUCUCUCUCGGCCGAAGCACGCAAGAUUGCACACUCGCGCUCCUCGAGCGAGAUCAUGCUCUCUCAGCACAUGAUGCACCCCAUCAACACAGAAACCAUUAUCAGCUCGUCUGAUGGCAGUGAUGCCGAGGACGAUGAGCUCCGGAUAAAACCUCUGCUACUACGCAAGAAGUCUGGUGAGCUUGUCGACCGACCCAUUGCUGUCAGUGCAGGCUCGUCACCCGUCGAGACCUAUGACAGUGAGAGCGAGUACCCGUUCUCGGACAACUCGCGGUCCAAGGCACCUGAGUGGGACAUCAAGCUUGCAAACUUCCCCUCGUCGAAUAGCUACGAGCGACAGACUGCCCCUGUCCGGGUUGAGCGCAUCUUCCUUGCUUCUGAUCACCAGACUCUGGUUGGCAACAUUGCCGUUGCCAACUUGUCCUUCCACAAGCUCGUCGUGGCUCGCUUCACGCUCGACUACUGGAAGACUACAUCAGAAGUAGUUGCUGAGUUCAACCACGACGUCCGCAAGAAGCAAAAGGAAGACGGCUACGACCGCUUCAACUUCAACAUCAAGUUGGCUGACCAAGCCAACCUCGAGUCCAAGACUCUGUUGCUGUGCGUUCGUUACCAGGUCAAUGGCCAAGAGUACUGGGACAACAACAAUGCCAUGAACUACCAGGUUGACUUCAUCAAGAAGGCUAAGCAACGGGGACACAAGCGCCCCACUGCUAGCCUGGGUGCUGUCCCCCGUAGCAGGCACUCACCUCUUGCUCCCCGCCCACGCUCGAUGCCCGCUGCUUCGUUUGACGACGAUUUUGGCCACGAGUUCGAGACCAAAUUCCAGUUUGGUAGCGGACGUGCCAUCAUCGGCGAAUCACCUAGCUCGGUCAUCAAGCUGAAGCCCAAGAGCAAGCGUACCGUUCCCCAGAACCAGGCUCCACCUUCGCAGGUCAGCCAGGCUUUCGCCUCUCGCUAUGACUUUGGUGCAUCUCUCACUGCUGCUCUGUCCAACGCUCAAACCGCACUUGGUGACCGCAGUGGACUGAAGUUGGACAAGGACAAGAUGAACAAAGGCUACUUUGAUCGUUCAAUUCCUACAGCUCAGUCUCACGCUACCAGUGCUCCUAUUCCCGGCGCCCGUCCUGACUCACUGACUUUGGAGAAGCCCGAUCUUCAGUCUGCAGAGUACAACGAGUUGAUCCAAAAAUUCUGCUUUUUUGGCACCCCGACUGGGAAAACCUCUCCAAAUGUCACCACGCCUGCUGUCAAGCCUACGCAAGGUGACGGAGCUCUUGACUACAUGCACAACAGCUCUGGAAGCAACCAGUCGUCUGUUACCAGCAGUCCUGCGUCCCCUGCCAUGCCCCUCAUGACAGAUGGUGCCAGUGACUCUGUCUCAUUCUUACCUCGUUCAGCUUCUCCCGGUCCUGUCACCGGCUAUGCACCUGAAGACCGUUACGCCUCCUCGUAUGAGUAUGGCUACACGAUGCCAGGUGGCGCCUUUACCGAACGCAGCCACACACCCCAGGCUUGUGUCUAA